AUGUCGUUCCACGGGCAGGACGAUGCCGGGAUGAAAGGCGCCAUGCUCUCGGCCCUACUGCCUCUGUUGGGAACCGGCCUCGGAUUCUACUACCUUGUUGCCGGGGUAAAGAAGGCCAAGGCGGAAGUGGAAGGCUGUUCCAUCGACAGGCACACCGUUGUGAGCAGCAUCAUGCUGGCUGUGUGCACACUCUACGGCUUCGUCGGCGCCGCCGUCAUCCUCGCCGACCUUGGCAAGGACCCGGCCUUACCCGCGAACUCCGCCUGCGCCGCGGGCCUGGUGAAUGGCCUCUCCUCAGCAAUCUCGGCCAUAGGCCAGGGAUAUUUCUCAGCCAGGGCCGUGGAGGCAGGGGCCCGGCAGCCGCGCAGCUUCGUUGCGUUCGUCUUGAUCUUGAUUUACAUCGAGGCCUUUGCCCUCUACGGCCUCGUUGUCAGCCUCGUCAUCGGUGGCGUCGCCAUCCAGGAUCAGACCGAUCUUCCUACGGGGGCCCUGGUGCCUUCCACCAGCAGCUUCCUCCUCGCUACUUUAGGCGGCGUGGUUGGCUCCACAGCCUCAGGCUGUGCGAUCAUGGAGAUGACCGUUGGGGCGCCGCACAUGGCGAUGCGGGCGAUGCUUCCAGUCGUCUUCAAUGGUGUCACUGGUAUCUACGGCCUGAUUAAUGCCAUCGUGGACACGCAGCCGUGGCCGCCGAGCGGAAACGACUGGGCAGCUGGGAUCCUCUACCUCCUCUCAAGCGCAGGCGUCCCGGGAAACCUUUAA